CCGAGGGGGCGCGGCCAGCGGGAGGAGCGGCAUCCCCGGGGGCGAGGCCCCGCCUCGGCCCCCGCGCCGCGGCCAUGAAGCUGCCGGUGCCCGCUCCCCGCCCGCCGCCGCGCUCUUUGUUCCGUAAGGGCAGCGGCCGCGCUGCCUCGCCGCCCUGCUCCCUGCCUCUCGCGCGGGCUUCCAUGGCGGGGGCGGUGUGAACCCGCCCGAAGAGAGGGAGGAGGAAGAGGAGGAGCCGCCGCCGCCCAGGAUGCGAUGGGGAACUGCUGGUCGCAGUGGUGCGGCGCGCUGCUCCGCAGGGAGGGCGGCCGGCUCCAGCGAGGCGGGGGAUCCAAGUAUUUUAGAACGUGUUCAACAGGAGAACACUUCACUAUAGAGUUUGAGAACCUGGUGGAAAGUGAUGAGGGGGAAAGCCCAAGCAGCAGCCACAGACCUCUGACCGAGGAAGAAAUUGCGGAUCUGAAAGAGAGACAUUAUGACUCCAUUGCUGAAAAGCAGAGAGUUGUUGAUCUGAAGCUUCAGUCAGAGUUAGCCUUACAAGAGGAGAAGUUAAGAAUAGAAGAGGAGGCUUUAUAUGCUGCACAACGUGAAGCAGCCAGGGCAGCAAAGCAGAAAAAGCUCUUGGAGCAACGUAGACAGCAAAGGAUAACGCAGAGGGCGCACGCUGUUAAUAACGGAGAAUAUCAGAGCUCUGUGGCAGAGGAAGAUCUUGAUUCUUUCUUAAGAAAUACAAAAUUCCAGUAUGAAGCUUUUCGAAGUAGUAGACUUUCAUCUGAUGCUACAGUGCUGACACCCAACACAGAGAGCAGUUGUGACUUAAUGACCAAAACCAAAUCAACGAGUGGAAAUGACGACAGCACUUCAUUAGAUUUAGAGUGGGAAGAUGAAGAAGGCAUGAACAGGAUGAUUCCAAUGAGAGAACGCUCCAGAACAGAGGAAGAUAUACUCCGGGCAGCACUGAAAUUCAAUAGCAAGAAGACGGGCAGCAAUCCAGCUUCAGCUUCUGAUGAUUCCAACGGAUUGGAGUGGGAGAAUGACUUUGUUAGUGCUGAAAUGGAUGAUAAUGGCAAUUCAGAAUAUGCUGGAUUUGUAAAUCCCGUAUUAGAUGUGUCCACUUCGGAUGUAAGGAUGUCUGAUUCGGAUCAUCAGGACAGAUAGUGGAACUGCUUGGCCCUGGUUCAUGACCAAACGUUGAGAAGUGAAAUAGAAUGUACGAAACCGAUUUGCUCUUUUCUAACAUGGUUUCCUUUUUUCUUAUAAUUGAUCAGCAAGGAACGGGAAUGACUUGCUCUCUGGAUUAAUUCAGAGUUAAGUGCAAUUUUAUCAUCUACCUUCUAAACUUUUAUGAAAACUGAGAUGAUUCUAUUCUGUAUAUUUCUGGAUAUCUGGAUUUAAUAUAAAAUUAUCUGCACUAAUUUAAGCUUCAUAGCUUGACAUAUGUAUUUUAAUGAGCCUUUUUUUCUGGAUGAUGUUUCUACUGAUUUUGUUUUUAAAAUUCAUCAUCCGCCUAACAUUUAUCUCAGAAAUGGUCUUAAAUAAUUUAUCUGAUACUUGAAUAUAGAAAAAUAAUUUUAAAACACUUUUAUUUCCAGUAUGUGCUUUUUGACUUGCUCUUUAGCUUUUAGAGGCUGAGCAUAGCCAGCUGCAAAACAAAUUGCACACAUGGUAAACUGCAGUUUCUCUCUGCCUAGCCUAUAGUCUUCCUAGCCUUGUACGGUCCUCUUUCCAUGCAUUUUAUUUUUGUAUUACUUUAUGCCAAGCAGAGUUAACCUCAAUAAACAAAGCAUAAAUCAUCAGGUUUAGUAAAAUACUGUCUUGUAUAGUAUGCCAGUUUAGUAAGCGUGUGCUAGGUAGAAAAACAACUCUAAAUGUUCUUUAUACGUCAAACUGGAAACUUUAACCAGGAUCUAAUGGAGAACUGGGAGGACCAAAGUCUUGAUUUCUCUGCACCCCUGCACAGACCGAUAUCUGUUUCUGUGCGAUCCUUACAGCUCUUCUGUUGUGGAAAACUUCUAAUUCAGCUCGACUGGAACAGCGAUUGAAAAGCAACUGAAGGAGGGAUGAUUGCUCUGCUGCUGGGGUGGGAAGACCAAGAACCUAAAGACUGAAUUCCUAUUUUAAAAAGGAAAAAUAGUUCAAGGUAUGAACAGUGUGUUUAAGUGCUCUGGCUUUCCUGUGCCUCUAAAUCAGGUGGUUAAUACUGCUAAUACAGACUGAAAUUCAAGGUGUUCAGAUACUGCAAAUCUGGUGUCAGGUAUUGUGUCAAUGUAAGUUAUACAUUUUAAAAGAAGAAAAAGCUUGCUGAAGAGAACAUGUAAAAUACUUGUAGAUUUCAAGCUCUCCCCAAAGCUCCAGUAAAGCCAUUCUACUCUGCUGUUAUUUUGUGUAGCUGUCUUUCCCUGGAAAGAAAGGGGACGGGGUGUAACCUCACCAUUGUGGCGUAAAAGCAACAUGCUGUGUUCAGUAGUAAAUCUGCAUCAUCAGAAGAACUGCAUUUGUGGGUGAGAGCUGUGUCACUGAUUUUGAUCACUGGAGCCUAUACAUGAUGUUGGGGUCGCUUGGUGAGAACUUGAACAAAAAUACUGCACUCUUGGAUUAGAUAUGUAUAAAUAUUAAUGUUAAUGAACAGAUAAAUCUUGUUGAUAACAUUCCAUUUCUUAAUUUAAAUUGUAGCUGUGUCACUCAAGAUAUUUUAAUCUAAUUAGCUACGUUUGCAAUGCCUGUAAUAAGCUUUAAAAAUUUGUACACAUCAAAUGUAUAUUUUUGGUUUGGCAUAAGCUACUACUGUGUGACUUCUUCUGGACGUUUAUUUGUAUAAUAUAUUCCUAUGGAAACGAAGGCAACUUUCUCAACAUGUAAAUAAUACGGUUUUUUACCUGCUGAAUCUGGAACUUACCCUGCAGCGAUCACUGCUUUUCCUGAGCAGUGGACAUGAAGUUAACUUGUCGUGCUCUUGCUUUGAGGGAGUAAACUAGCUGAUAGUCCUGCUCGUGGGAUGAACAAGCAUGCAGGAAAAAGGAAGCUGGCUCUGGGUGAAGGCUUUUGCUGCGAUGGGCAUGUUCUGUAGCUGUGGUUAAUGGCAUUCUGCUUUGCAGAGCUCAGUGUGCCACAGUGAGGACUUAAAUGUUGGUCAAUAUUUGUGGAAAUUUGAGAGAUUGACAGGUGAUAUACCCAGGUCCUGUGAAACAAGUCGUCAGUACUGUAAAAUGCUGAUCUGUACAAACCUGAGUCAUUAAAAUUUUCAGUCAGUCUUAUGUCUAGCAGUGUUUUCUCUGUUGCUGGUUUUGUGGCUGCCAGGUCAUAUGUAGG